CGAGGAGUUGGGCGCAGCCUGGAGCAGCGGCUUGCGCUCCUGAAGGCUGACCUCCGGCGGCUCAGUGAUCCGAAGCAGAGGCUCAUGCCUUGCGUCUGGGAUGCCUGGGUGGGGUUGACCAGGCAGCCCAGGAAGCGCCGGCAGCCAGCAUUGCAGACGCGUGCAGUGCAGCGCGUUGCCUUUGCCGCAGCGCGCUGCCUCCGAGCCUGGGCGGAGGCAGCGAGGCCUCUUCGGCAAGCCGGGACACCUGACCAGGUGCUGGCCGGGAAGAGCUUGCACCCUGCUCUGGAACGGCUGGCUGCAGGCUGCCUGAGAGUUUCUGCCUUGGGCAUAGGCCUCUACGAGCUUGAGCGGAGCUCUGCAGCCAAGGAGUCGGAGCUUCUGCGCCUUGCCACGCGCCUCAGCCGAGCACUCUUUGAGGAACUCCAGGAUGCCCGGCACUCGCUGGCCUAUGCCCAGGAGCGCCUGUCCCACUUGCAGAUUCUUGUGGCCAAUGAUCGCCGCAAGCAGAUGAGCCGCCACCAUGCUUGA